UUUUUCAUCAAUUUGGUUACACUGAUUGGGCAGUGUUUUUAUUUUUAUUUUGUUUGGCUAAUCUUAUCGGUUAAUAAUACAUUAAUGCAGCCAUUUAUUGUUAUACGCAACUACACGCAAGAUGAUGAGCUCAAGUGCCAGGAACUGGUGCGGGACUACAUCAUGUCAUUCUCCAACAAGUCUUUUUUCGUCUAUUGCUUUCGAGAGAUCACCCUGCAGUUUAUAGUCAUUACCUGGGCCAUAUUCUUCAUAUUUCUGGGAGUUCCCUUGCUAUUCUGCGCCCUUACUGUGCCUGCUUGUAUUUUCUGUCUCUUCACCGGCACUUACUUCUCGUUUUAUUCCAAGGCAGUGGAGCUUAUGAGGACGAAGCCCUCGCAAUCUUUGGUGGCAGAGUGCUAUGAACCCUUCAUUUUCCGCUGCUCACCCAAAGAGGCCAGCUACCAGAUCUUUAUCGAAAACUGUCCAUAUGAAGAGGCCUAUAUAAGAAAGUUCCGGCGACGGAUUGUAGCCGCCAUUAGCGUGAAAAAUCACCAUGCCGUUUAUAAUGCGGCCUGGAUCUACCGCUUUGCCCUUGAUCCUAACUAUCCCUGCCAGACGAUCAUGGAGCCCAUGAUAAAGCUGGUGGUCAAAAACUGCAUUGCCGGUAGCUAUGCCUCCCUAGAAUGCACCAUAUCUGAGUGGCAGGAAAGCGAGCGCGAUUUUUACGACGACUUUGGAUUCGUUACGCGGCAGAUUUACCACAAAAAGAUCAUUGGCAGCAGUCUGGCGGUGAUGAAGACCCAGUUGACAUACGGUUUGCGUACUGACGAGGCUCUGCACAAGCAAAACUAGUGCUAUACCAAUGGUGCAAUAUAGAUAAUCUCGAUGUUCUGUGAAAUCUAGUUCAAUAUUUAAGUAUUUACUCUGUGAACUCUGCAUUACAGUCACUUAUUGCGUCCCGAACACAAACACCGAAUUAAGACCUAAAUGGUCGUUUUUCAGCUAAUUGACUCCGCUUGAAGUGAAAUUAGAAAUUACUCAGCAUUCCACAAUACUUUCCAUAUAAUCACGUUCUUUGUCAAUUCGACAAAAAAAAAACACCAAUAGGGAUUAAGCUAAUUUAUAAUCGCCACACUCCAAAUGUUUAAAUAAUUGUAAACACGUUGACAUUGCUUUUGUCCUGUUUUAUUAUCUCUGGUUUAUUCUUUGACAUAUUCUAUUUAAAUAAAUAAAUAAAAUAUUUAGUAAUAAA